AUUAACGAAGAGAGUCCAGAAAGCGAAGCGAUACCAGAAAUACAAGAAAUUAUAAUAACAGAAUUGGAUUCAGAUAGCGUGGAAGAUAAUGUUUUAUCGGAACUUGAAAUCGAUGCUAAAGUUGAAUUGGCUGAAGAAGAAGAAUCUGCCGCAAGCUGCGUAAACGAAGACGAUAAACGGUACGCUGUGAAAGAAAAGAAAGAUAUUAUAGAAAUAAAAGAAUGUUUAGAACCAAUUUUGGAACAAGAUAGUUCGGAUGGCGAACAAUUAGAUAAUUUGGUAGAAGUUGCUGAAGGCGCAUUGGAUACUGUAGAAAAAAUCAUUGCGUCGCCGCGUGACUUUCCCAUAUCGCUAAUAAGUGAUGCAGUCUCUGAAAAUGAAGGAACUAAAGAAAAAACAAAUAAUACAGCUGAAAAGAUUGACGAAAUCAUAACAAUACCGGAUGCACCAAUAAACGAAAAUCUCAACAAAACUUUUGACAUAUUAAAAGAUCCGGAAUACGAAGAUAUUUCCGAGGAAAGUCUCGAGGUGUCUGAAAUUUUAGACAAAAAUGACUUUCCGAAAGCAGGCAUCGUGAAGAAAUCUUCCAACUUGCCGGAUAAGUAUCAAGCUACGCAGAAAUCGGAAGAAGUAUUGAGAAUACUGGACGAAAUUUCGCAAAGA